AUAGGGAUCAUCUGAAAUUUAUUGGCUCCCAGGACAAAGUUGGAGAUCACUGCUCAAGCAUAAAUUUUCCUAAGACUGCUACAGAGAUGUUUGAUGUAAAGGCUUGGGCUGAAUAUGUUGUGGGCUGCAAAGGACACAUAUGGUUUCUUUACGACAGUUAUUUUGGCUCCUACUCCACUGUUCCUAGCAAGUGCCAUCCUGUCCUGGAACUUGACUAAGAUGAUUGAAGCCUGGGAGAAGGAGCAAAAGAAGAAACAAAAGUGUCAAGAAAAUAUUGCAAAAGCUAAAUGA